GGAGCCGCCGAGCCGAGCCGUGACCGCCGCGCCGCCGCCGCCGCCUCGGGCGCUCUCGGAGCGCCAACCCUGAGGACCAUGGCCCUGGAGCAGCUCUGCGCGGUCCUCAAAGUGUUGCUAAUAACGGUACUUGUAGUGGAAGGGAUUGCUGUGGCCCAAAAGACCCAAGAUGGACAAAAUAUUGGAAUCAAGCACAUUCCUGCAACCCAGUGCGGUAUUUGGGUUCGAACCAGCAACGGAGGCCAUUUUGCUUCACCAAAUUACCCUGAUUCAUAUCCGCCGAACAAGGAGUGUAUCUAUAUUUUGGAAGCUGCUCCUCGCCAACGAAUCGAGCUGAGCUUUGACGAACGCUAUUAUAUAGAGCCGUCAUUUGAAUGUCGGUUUGAUCACCUGGAAGUUCGAGAUGGGCCAUUUGGUUUCUCUCCUCUUAUAGAUCGUUACUGUGGCAUGAAAAGCCCUGCAUUAAUUAGGUCAACAGGAAGAUUCAUGUGGAUUAAAUUUAGUUCUGAUGAAGAACUUGAAGGACUAGGAUUUCGAGCAAAAUACUCAUUCAUCCCAGAUCCAGACUUUACUUACCUUGGAGGUAUUUUAAAUCCCAUUCCAGAUUGCCAAUUUGAGCUCUCAGGAGCUGAUGGAAUAGUACGUUCUAGCCAGGUAGAACAAGAAGAAAAAACAAAGCCUGGCCAAGCAGUUGAUUGCAUAUGGACAAUUAAAGCUACCCCAAAAGCUAAGAUCUAUUUGAGGUUCUUGGAUUACCAAAUGGAGCACUCCAACGAAUGCAAGAGGAACUUCGUGGCGGUCUACGAUGGAAGCAGUGCUAUUGAGAACCUGAAGGCCAAGUUCUGCAGCACCGUGGCCAAUGAUGUAAUGCUGAGGACAGGCGUGGGCGUGGUCCGGAUGUGGGCGGACGAAGGCAGUCGGCUGAGCAGGUUUAGGAUGCUCUUCACUUCCUUUGUGGAACCUCCCUGUACAAGCAGCACUUUUUUUUGCCAUAGCAACAUGUGCAUCAACAACUCUUUAGUCUGUAAUGGUGUUCAAAACUGUGCGUACCCUUGGGAUGAGAAUCACUGCAAAGAAAAGAAAAAAGCUGGACUAUUUGAACAGAUCACUAAAACUCAUGGAACAAUUAUUGGCAUUACAUCAGGGAUUGUCUUGGUUCUUCUCAUUAUUUCUAUUUUAGUACAAGUGAAACAGCCCCGGAAAAAGGUUAUGGCUUGCAAAACCACAUUUAAUAAAACUGGGUUCCAGGAAGUCUUCGAUCCUCCUCAUUAUGAACUAUUUUCACUAAGAGAGAAAGAGAUUUCUGCAGACCUGGCAGAUCUGUCAGAAGAACUUGACAACUACCAGAAGAUGCGACGCUCCUCCACGGCCUCCCGCUGCAUUCACGACCACCACUGUGGAUCUCAAGCGUCCAGUGUCAAACAAAGCAGGACCAACCUCAGUUCCAUGGAACUUCCCUUCCGAAAUGACUUUGCACAACCACAGCCGAUGAAAACAUUUAAUAGCACCUUCAAAAAGAGCAGCUACACUUUCAAACAAGCGCAUGAGUGCCCCGAGCAGGCGCUGGAGGACAGAGUGAUGGAGGAGAUUCCCUGUGAAAUUUACGUCCGAGGGCGAGAAGACUCUGCGCAAGCUUCCAUAUCCAUCGACUUUUAAUUGCCAGCUAAAGGCGUUAAUUACUAAGUGUGUGUG